GUCCACCACCUGACCUGGCCCUGUCUGGGUUAGGGGAGCAGCAGCCAGACAUGGAUGAACACCUGAGGCCCCUGCUCCAUCAUGGGCAAUCAGUGUUGUAAACUAAUCAAGAUGAAGAACCAGAGGAAAAACAGGCAUUGAAGCAAUUGAAACAUGGCUAGUAUUCUUGUACUUUUCUGCUGCUGUUUGCUCAAAGGCCAAGUUAAGAAGACUAACCAAGAUGAAGAAGCAAAGGCAAAAAAGACUGCUGUCAAAUUUACAGAAAGCACAAUCAAAACUGAUGAGAAAACACCGAAACGGAGAGCAACAAAAAAGAAGGUGGCAUCCGACAACAUGGUGCAGGCAGGAUCGAAGAUCCAGGCCUGGUGGCGGGGCACACUACUGCGACGAACCCUGCUGCACGCGGCGCUCAGGGCAUGGAUCAUCCAGUGCUGGUGGAGGCAGAUAAGAGCCAGGCAGCUGGAGAAGAGGCGGAGGGAAGCACUAGAGUUCUACAAGCUGCAAAUCUGGGACACUGUGAAGCUGCAGUCCUGGGUCCGAAUGUGGCUCGUCCGCAAGCGGUACCGAGCUGUGCUCAAAGCUGUCCACAUCAUUCAAGACCAUUGGCGUGGUCAUAUUUGCCAAUUCCACGAUACUUUCCAGGGAAGCUAUGAGCUCACAGGAGGCCACCUACAACUUCAGCUCGAUAUCUUCCUAGGUGCUCAGGUGUGUCGCAUUAUAGACUGCAUCCCCUUUCCAAUAAAG